AUGGCCCAGAGGCACCCCAGAGAUAGCCAGGGGCACUGCCCCUUCAGCCCCAGGGCUCCAGGGAGACCAGCUGCCCGUAAGGCCCGCGCCAGGCCCAGGGCAGGCAGGCGGCGUCCAGCCAUGGCCGAGGAGGACCUCCUGGCUGCUCUGAGGUGGCCCAGGCCCUCCCCACGGCCAGGAGCCCCUUGGGAGGCGCCCUACAUGGCCUGGACUGACCACAUGGAGGAGAGGCCGGGCCCCCAGGGGCAGGCCUGCAGCCACCCUGCUUGGACAGCCGGCAAGGAGGCCCGGGAUGGGGACAGCUCGGUGUCAUCGGGCCGCCUGUCCGGCUCUUCGGGGGGCCACAAGUCGUGCGCACCUGCCCACAGGCCCUGGAAGGAGAGGCCCCCUCUGGUGCUGGGGUCCCCACAGCAGCACGGGGAAAGCAACCCCCGGCUGGAGCAGCUGAGGGAGAAGAUCCGGGCCCAGGCAUGCCGGCAGGCCAGCUGCGCCUCCCUGGGCACCUCGAUGCCCUCCAGCACCUCGAACCUCCUCAGAGCCUCCCCGCCAGCCCCCCGGAGGAAGGUCAGAAAGCUGAAGAAGGCCCCUCCAGCCCCGGCCUCCCCAGGCUUUGGCAACCCGAGUGCAGCUGGGCGUGCCGUUCAGGACAAGGCCGUCCCUGGCCAGGAGCGUGCGCCCUCCAGGGUCUCCCAGCGCCAGGCCUCCGUUCCACGGGAGAAACACAAAAGCAUGAAGAGUAGUUCUUGCAAAAGAGAGAAGGCCCCCAGGUCAUCCACCAGAAGAGCUGCCAAAGACCAGGGAGACAUGGAGGACAGAGCUGCUGAGAGCUCCCCUGUUGGCCCCCGGACACCCCGCCCAGGCACCGUCCGCAGCGACCCAUGGGUGCCCACCCACAUGCCCAACCUGGCGUCCUGUGACGAGGCCGGGAGCAUCCACUCUGCCAUGGCCAUCCUGCAGGACCUCCGCCAGCAAAUCCAGGCGGGGCUGGAUCUGGCCCAGGACCAUCACCGCAGGGGAGGGCAGGAGCGCCGGCAGCUGGCAGGGAGGAGGCCCAAGGGCCACUGGAGUGCCCCGGACGUGCGGGUCUCCCUCAGCAAGAGUUCUCAAGGCCCGGCCAAGGGGGUGCACCGCUCCUCCUCAGAGUGGGCCGGGAGCCUCUCCGCUGGGCAGCACUGGGGUGCCUCGGCCAGGUGGGAGUCCUAUCCACAGAGGACCUGGUCCCCCCAAGGACGGAACCCCACCUUCCAGAGGCCUGGGAGCCCCCCUGAGAGGCCCUGGAGUGCCUCGGCCGGGCAGAGGGCUGGGGCCCCCUGCAAAGACUGGGAGGCCUCUCCCCGAGGACGCUGGAGCCUACUGGAAAGGCCAAGCCCUACCACCCAGCGGCCCUGGAGCGCCUCCUUCGUGAAAAAGGCUGGCGCCCCGGUCCAGUGCAGAGCCCACCCCUGGCCCAGGCCCACCCAGAGCACCUCUCAGCUGGCACCUGGGCAGGAGAAUGAGGCUCGGCUGCCGCCACCCUGCCCAAAGCCCCGGGGGUUCCUGGGCCACCCAUACAGCCCCGCGUCCUUGCGGGAGUUAAUGCGCCAGAAGGCCCUGGCGCGCCAGCAGCAGGUCCUGGAGGAGAAGGCCUCGGCCGUGCAGGCACGGGAGCUGCGGAGCCAGCGGCUGCAGGGUGUGUACAGGCAGCAGAGAGAGGCCGUGCGGGGCAGGGCCGGCCCCACCAAGGCCUUCCCCCUGGUCUCCCAGACGACCCCCAGCAUCGUGACCUUCGUCCCACACUCAGCACCGUCCAGGGGCCAGGACGCACCUGGGAGCGUGGGGUCGCCCGCGCUGCGGUGGAGCAAGGUGACCUCUGGCAUGGUGCUGGGGGACCAGGAGGCCCCGGGCAGCUUCUGCCUGUGUCUGGACAGAGCCUUGAACCAUGAGCCUCUGGAGACAGGAGGCCCCCAGGAAGGCUGGGCGGGUGCUCCCCUGCCGACAUCCGCUGGCUCCCCUGCGGGUCCCCGAAAACUCCAGGACCUAACUGCCCACCCCCCACGCCCGGGGCUGUGCAUCUACCUGGGCCCCGAGGAGGCCGAGCGCCUGGGCACGCGGGGCCCCCUGCACUUCCGGUACAAGCAUGCCCGGUUGCAGGCCCUGGAGACCAUGGCCAACGUCCUGAAGCAGCGCAUCGACCUCCUGACUGCCAAUCUGCUUGGGGCCGAUGCAGCGGACACUCUGGAGGACCUGCCCUCGAACCCACCAUCCUCGCGCCCCAGCACCCACAGUGCCAGCCUGCCCCUGAGCCUUGGCACCCCCAAGCCCGUGGUGCCAGCCUGUCCCCAAGCCUUGGUGCCCGAUGCAGGCAGAGGGUCUCCCUGGGGCUGGGCAGACGUGCGGGCCAGGCUGCUUCUCUCUCCCUCCUGCUUGCCUGACGGAGAGACGCUGCUGUGGAGUCCUGGCUGGGAGCAGCGGAGGAGCGUGAGCCCCGGGGGCCACCUGGCCUACUCGCCACCAGGAUCCAUGGAGGAUGGAUGUUUGAAGCUGGACCGGAGGCUGGCUAGAGACAUGGCUUCCGCCCAGGCCCUUGGCCCCUUGGCAGGGAGCUCACUCGAGGUGCCAGCCCCUCCGGACCCCACCGGUGGCUCCCUGUGGCUGGAGGAGAUGCCGUCAGCCAGAGGGGCAGGCUUGGUCACGCCCUGGGCCCUGCAGAGCUGCGGUCAGCAGGAGCCUGGCAGGCCACGUGCGGGGCACUUCUCAGACCUCCAGCAGAAGUCCCUGAGCUUUCUCCAGGCACUGAAGCUGGACCAGCAGAAGCAGGAGCAGGCCCUGGCCCUUCUGCGGCAGCGGGCGGAACUGGAGGUCUGGGAGACCCAGAAGGCCCUAGACGAGCUGCUCUCCAAACACCGGCUGGCGAGGCGGAUGGAGAAGCGCGAGACCCAGGCCAGGCCAGGAGCAGCACCAGAGCUGGAGGGGCUGCGGCUGUGGGCGGGCCCGGAUCCGAAGACCUCCUGGAGCGCUGUGACGGCCAGAUCCAGGUGCGUCCAAGGCCGGGAUGGUGGCGCCCGCCCAAUGUGGAAGCCGUCCCUGGGCAGAGACGCUGCUGCGCCCUCCCGGGGCCCUGAGGAAGGACAGGAGAGGCCGGCCGGCCAGUCAGCCUAUGCAGCGUCCCUGCAGGAGCCGGAGCCAGGACACGCCCCAUCCCCGUUGCCCCUGGCCAGGCUCUACCCUUGGGACCACCCUGUUCACCAGGUGCCGGGGCAGAGCCCGUGGGAGGAAGAGCUGCUGCACCUGGACGAGGAGGCCGUGCAGGGGAAGCUGCGCUGCGAGCCAGCCUGGCUAGAGUGUCAGAGGUGUCCAGGCAGCCAGGGCAGUGAGGCCGCGCUGGUCUUGGCCGAGAAGCAGCCGCACGGCCUUAGCAGCCUUGAGCAGGGGCAGAGGGAAACCCGAUUCCCGGACAACAGUCGCCUGCUCUCGUGCCAGGAGAGGACACUGCUCCUGCGGCACCACCGACACAUCCUCUCGGUGCAGAGGGCCGUGACCCGUCUGCAGCAGGAGCUCCUGGCCACGGCCCAGCUGCUACAGGGUUCCAGCCCUGAAGCCAAGGUCCCCUGGGAGUGGGGCUCUGAGAAAAGCCAGCAGCCAGAGGGGCCUGCGCAGGGCUCAUCAUGCUCCCCAACACCACUCAGGCCCUGCAGCCCCUCCAGCCACGGCCCCUGGAGGAGCCCUGAGAGCCCGGGAGUUCCCCUGCCAGCCUGGGGAGAGGAGACGUCCAUGGCCGAUGGCUGGGUGGACGCCCAGGAAGGGCUGGUGGAGAGCGGCAGCCAAAUGGGCCAAGGAGACCCCCAGCCCAACCCCAGCCCCUCGUCCACAGUGGAGACCUGGGCUCUGAUGGAAAGCCAUGCACGUAGCUCCUGGGACCAAGGGGGGCCCUGCAGCCCCCGGGAAGCCAGUCAGGUGGUUGAAGGCAGCGCAAGCGGAGUGGGGGCAGAGCUGGAGCUGGACUUUGCCAGCAGCCCUGGCAGGGAGGCCCCUGAAGUGGAAGGCCAGUGGUCAGAGGAGCAGAGGUGUGGGGCCUGUGGGGGCUACCUGGGCCCAGGGGACCCUCGGGCAGGGGAGGCAAGGCCCCCCACCCAGUGCCAGGGCAGCCCCCCACCCCAGCUCCCCGCCCCCUCGGCCCUGGACUCCCCGCCAGCGUCUGUCCCUGGGACCUGCUCGGGGUCAUCAAUGGGAUCCCAUACCCCCUCCUCCGUGAGUGGCCUGUCCUGUCCCUCCCUCCAGGAGUUCCAGAAAGUGUCCGCCUUUCUGGUCCAGCUCUCGGAUAGUUCUGCCUCCCUGUCAGACUGGGAGGCCGGGCACACCCCAGACGCAGACCUGGACUCAUCCAGGGCGUCCUCUGUUGGAGCCUCCAGGGGGCUGCACGGGGGUGGAGGGCAGGCAGCCUGUGGAGCUCGUCCUUUGCGGGGCUCCCCUACUGCAUCAGGGCCAGGCCUCCUGCAGGCGGGCCAGCCAUGGCCUCUCCCCAACGUCCCCUCGCCUGGGUCAGGAUCAGAGCUGUCAGAGGCAUCCAGCGAGGUCUGGGAUGAGGAGAGCCCACUGGAGCCUGGCAUGGGUGCCCAGCCAGCUGCAGGGUGGCACUCCCCUGCUGGAGGCUCCUCUGACCUGGAAGAUGGAGGGUCACCCAGCAUGGCACUUCUCUCCCCAGGCCCUGGUGGGGGCCAGAAAGCUUCUGGAACUGGUGGGCAUCUGACCAGUGAAGUAGAUGCAGGAAAGGCCAGCUGGCCAUGCCCUGAGGCUGCCUGCACUGCAUUCCUCCCCAGUGCCCAUUCCUGCAGCAACUCAGCCCUGUCCCUUCCCUUUCCCUCGGGGUCCUCGGUGUUCAAAGGGGCCAGUUUCAGCCAAGGAGGAGAGACGGGGCCUCUGCAGGCCUCCACCGACUGCCCAGAGCGGCCCCAGGAGGCUGACAGGAAUCCCCCACGGGCACCUCCUGCAACACCCAGGGUGCUGGCAGCCCUGAGGGCGGAGAGCCGGGCACCUGGGCAUGCGGGCAGUGGAGUCCCUGCUGCCCCAGAGGAAGCCAGCCUCUCUCUGGAUGGCAGUGUCCUGCCUGAGAUCCUGUCUCCGGUGGACGAGGUGCUGUCCUACGGCAGUGCCGACCUCCCGUCCUCUACACACAGGGAUGCUCCUCCGCCUCCCGCCCUCCCAGCAGGCAGCAGGGCCACCCCCAGCCACCCCUCCGAGGACUUCCCUUCCCCACCCGAAGAUGCCUCCACCAACACCUGGGAGUUGCCCUCCUUGUCCGAGGCACUGUCCCUGGGGCCCCAGGAGGCCAGCCUCUGCCUGGCGGCAGGUGCACAGGGCAGGAGCCUUGGGGACCAAUUGGGUGAAUCACAUUCUAUUGGGAGGAACAAGGUUUUGGGGGGCCAGUGGUCUGAACCUGUCGACUGGCUCAGGUCCCCCUGGUGUGGGGGGGUGGGCAAUGCCCUGGCCGGGCCCCCAGGGCAGUCCGUGCAGCCCCUAACACUGUCUGGAGAGGCCUGUGUGACUGGAGAGGGCCUGCCAGCACUGUUGACGGCUGGCCACACAGGGCUGGCUGGCCCCUGGCAGGGGGACCCAGUUCCCGCUUUGGACGGGGGCCCCUGCGUGGGCCCCAGUGGGGACAGGGCAGAGGUGGUGGAUCUGGUUUCCACCCAGCUCAGCAGAAGGAUCCUGUGCGACACGCUGGCUGUGCUCUCGGAGCUGGCCCCACUGAGCAGCCUGGGGACGGGAGAGCUGGCAGGUGCCGGCCGUGUCCCAGGCCUCACAGGGCAGCCACCGGGCAGUCCUGGAAAGACAGGCCUCAGAAAAGAGUAG